AUGGGCCUGUUGAGAUUGGGUUAGGUUCUUUUCUUGUCCUUUUUUUCUACAACAUCCGCAGAAUUUUGGUUUCAACCUUUUUUUCCCUUUAUUGACCGCCAAGUGCCCUACAUAGUUGGUAAGCAUGAAAUAAUCUUGAGAAUAAUCUUUCGCUGCUAUUUAUUAAUAAAAGACAGUGAUAACGAGUCCAUACGUAGAAUUUUAAUAAGAACUAUUUCCAAAUGUUUUAACAACUAUAAGAUAUUGAGGAAUGGAAAAUCGAGGGCCAGGUGGUAUUCUUUCACCACAUUUUCAUUAGUUAAGACAAAAUAAUUGCUUGCAAGAAAAGAGAGGAAGCCGCCGUUGUUGACUGAAUGGAGAGGUCUCGUUCUCUCCCUCUCCUUCUCCUUCUCCUUCUCCUUCUCCUUCGUGGACUUGACUUCGUGGCGAUUAGAACCAUCUACUCCCAUUACAUCACCCUCUCAUUUUCAAAUAGCACCGUCCGCAGAAACUGUCAUCCAAUUUUCUUCUUCUUCUUCUUCUUCCGCUUCCUCUAGACCCAACUGAACCCCAGAUUCCAUGGGGAUGGGGAUACAGCUUGUUUAUGCUUCCAAAUAUAUCCUAUUUUCGGUCAUCACUUUUCUUCUGCUGCAAGCAACUUCGACUCUAGGGAAGCCAAGAGAUCAAACUGUGAGAGUGAUUUGCGGGAAAGAACUGGAGCACAACACCACCGCAUACGUCCCAAAUUUUUUUGGUUCCAUGGAAAAAGUUAGACAACAAAUCGGAACUUCAGGAUUUGGAACCGCCGGUACAGGGACAGGACCUGAUGCCAGCUAUGGGCUUGCUCAAUGCCAUGGAGAUCUCUCAUCCCUUGAAUGUGUGCUCUGUCAUUCUCAAGCACGUACAAUGCUUCCCCAAUGCUUCCCUUUCAACGGCGGUCGAGCUUUCAUCGAUGGCUGCUUCCUGAGGUUCGAAAACUAUAGCUUCUUUGAUGAAUAUAAAGGGCCUGAAGACACUGCAAUUUGCGGGAACUUUACCCAAAAUGACCCCAACUAUAGGCAAGCAGCCAAGGAGGCAGUGAUGCAAGUGGUCGAUGGUGCACCAGACAACAGAGGCUUUGCGAAAGCUCGAAUGGCUGUGGCCGGGAUGGCAAAUGAAUCUGCCGCUUAUGCUCUGGGUCAGUGCUGGAGAAGUUUGAACCGCAGCUCUUGCAGCACAUGUUUGCAAAUUGCUUCUGCUUCAAUGUUAAGAUGUUUACCACGAUCGGAAGCGCGAGCAUUGAACACAGGCUGCUUCAUGAGAUAUUCAAAUACAGACUUCCUCAAUCAGGACAUUAAAAAUAGUUCCAGAGGAGGUGGCAUGAGAACUGAAUUGAUAGUUUCAGUCUUGAGUUCUGUUGUUGUUUUGAUAAUUGGUCUGGCGAUUGGCACUUAUAUCUGGAAGCGCAGAUAUAUUCAAAAGAAGAGGAAAGGAGGUUCAACUGAUGUGAAGAAGUUGGCAAAAACUCUUCAAGAUAGUAACUUGGAAUUCAAGUACUCAACCCUUGAAAAAGCAACAAACAAUUUCAGCCUAGAUAACAAGAUUGGACAGGGGGGGUUUGGCUCUGUUUAUAAGGGUACCCUAUCCGAUGGAAGAGAGAUUGCUGUCAAGAGAUUCUUCUUUGAUAACAGACAUAGAGCAGCAGAUUUCUACAAUGAAGUAAACAUGAUCAGCAGUGUUGAACAUAAAAAUCUGGUAAGGUUGCUUGGAUGCAGUUGUUCUGGACCUGAAAGCCUUCUUGUUUAUGAAUUCCUACCAAACAAGAGUCUCGAUCGCUUCAUUUUUGAUACCAGUAACAGUAGAGCUCUAGAUUGGGAUAAGAGAUAUAACAUCAUCACUGGAACGGUUGAAGGUUUAAUAUACCUACAUGAAAAUUCAAAGUUCAAAAUCAUACACAGAGAUAUAAAGGCCAGUAAUAUCUUGCUGGACCAAAAGCAUCAAGCGAAAAUAGCGGAUUUUGGAUUGGCACGGUCUUUCCAAGAUAGCAAGAGCCAUAUUAGCACGGCUGUUGCAGGAACCCUAGGAUAUAUGGCUCCGGAGUAUCUAGCUUAUGGUCAGUUAUCAGAGAAGGCUGAUGUCUAUAGUUUUGGAGUGCUUUUGUUAGAAAUUGUUACAGGAUGGCAAUAUAGCGGCAUUCAAGUCUCAGGAAACAUUGAAAGUCUGGUCACUGUUAUUUGGAGACAUUUCCAAGCAGGCACAAUUGAGAGAUUAUUUGAUCCAAGUCUCAAUCUUCAGAAUCACUAUAACAAGAAAGUACAGGACGAGGUAGUGAGAGUGGUUCACAUAGGGCUCUUAUGCAUCCAGGAGAUUCCAUCUCUACGACCAACAAUGUCAAAGGUACUACGAAUGCUGACCAUGGAGGAAGAGCAUCUUCCUCCACCCACCAAACCACCUUUCAUGGAUGAGAUGACCAUGGAACUUGAUGAUUCAUGCAAGUACUCACGAUGUUAUUCGAAUACGGAGGGAUCUUCUACUGCCACAAUCGGCCAUAGUUCGUUUUAUCCCAGAUAACUACCAUAAACCGGAGAACCCUUCCAUCUCUCUUACCUAAAGCCCUAAAACAUUCCCAAGAAUGGAAAGUGGCAUUGCAUUCCUCGCAAAAGUUGCCAGUCUCCUGACACCAUUAAGACAAAGGAUUCGUUAGCCAGAAGGUAGCCACCAUGAAGCUAUCAGGCAAACUGACAUCUGUACAUAUAGUGAUUUCGUGUUCUCCAAUAUUUAAAUUCUCAAACUCCAUUAUGUAUACCAUCCACUUAAUUAAGCUUCAAUGUUCAUUACCCAGAAUUGGAAAA